AUGAGAAUGAUUCGUAACAUGGUUGCGAACCAGGUGAAUAAAUGGAAUGGGGUUCCAUGGGUAGAAGAAACUUAUUCCAAACAGUGA